AUGGCAGCAACAGCAAAAAAGCAACAGGACAAACAAGCAGCCAAGAUCUUGAAUGGUGGCAGUGCACAUCAACGCAACACCUUGGACUCGCUAUUGAAUCGUGCAAUCAAGUUUCGCAAAUCACGCUAUGUCGACGAGAAGCUCGAGCUCUUUAAGAAAAAGUAUGCACCCAUCAACGAUCGCUCCACGAUCCAGUCCUCCAACGCUGUCAAUCUCGCCAACGACGUCCUUCCCGGCAUCGACGCCAAUGGAUUCGAACAGCCCAGCAAAGUAUUGUUCAGCAAAGAAAAGCUCAACCCUGCAUGGGCCACGAUCCGGCCGAUCGGUGCAGGCCUUUCAAGCGAUCUUGGUCCUACUUCGGCUCUCAACUCAGUCCUUCAAGUUGUCACCUAUACACCCAUUCUCUGCAACUAUCUAUUAACACGAUGGCAUGGAAAUAAUUGUACCAUGCAUGACUAUUGCUUUGUUUGUGCACUCGAGGAUCAUGUCUCUUUGGUACUCAAGAAUACAAAGGAUACCAUUACACCCCGUCAAUUCAUUGGAAAGCUCAAGAAAAUGCCCAAAGGGACAUCAACGGAUGCUUUUCAUGUGUGGAGUUAUUUCAUGGAUCAAAUGCAACAUGCUCUUUUAUUGGAGAAGAGUACGCAAGAUGAACGAAUCAAACAAACAACAGCAUUAUACCAGAUGUUUGGAGGCUUCAUGCAAAAUCAUUUCCUGUGCGACACAUGUCAAAAGGGUGGCAACGAUUAUGAUGCAUUUUUACACCUCUCAUUGAACAUCGACUCUGCAAACACGGUGGAAAAGUGCUUAUCGCAAAGCAUCCGACAACAAAACGUCAAGGGAUACAAAUGCCCAAGUUGUGAAAAGGAAUGUUCAGGAAAGAGGACCAAGAGUAUAUACCGUGCACCUCCAGUAUUGGCUAUUCACCUUGAUCGUUUCGGCAAGAAUGGCAGCAGCAAGAAUGAAAAGAUGGUCCGUUUCCAGGAGACUUUGGAUAUCAAACGUUAUAUCACCACGACCGAGCAAGGAGCACUUGAACAAUCUCAGUAUCAUCUCUAUGGUGUAAUCACCCAUCGUGGCGCUUCACAGCAAGGUGGUCAAUAUGCUGCAUUCGCAAAGAGUUCCAAUGGCUUAUGGCAUUGCUUUGAAAAUGAAUUGGUGCAACAAGUAAGCAUCAAUCGAUUACUGGAACAGAAAGCAUACAUGCUCUUUUACACCAUCCCUCGAUCCACCAAAAAGGCCGACAAAGCCAAGCAGUCAACCACCCCUACUGCCAAGGGUCUAAAGUCUGUCAAGGUCAACUUGGAAGAGAAAAAGACACAAGAGGAUGUUAAGGAGAGCGAGGAAAGCGAUGUGGAUGAGGAAAAGGAACAAAGUGAGGAGGAGGAUGAAGAUGAAGAUGAUGACGAGGAGGAGGAAAAAGCCAAAGUACAACAAGCGUUGGAUGAAGCAGCUGCACAACCCAUGGCUGACAGCAAAGACGCCGUGGUGAUUCGACAUGAUGAGACGAUGGAAUCAAAACGUGAAAAGUUGGAUCAGCUUAUCAAGCGAGAAAUGGAUCAAAGCUCGAGCGCCAACGCCAAGGAACUUUUACUUUCCAAGUCGAGCAAUGCUCAAUUUCAAGGCGAUGUUGAAACAUGGGAUGAGAAGGAUGCUGCCACUGAAAAGAAACGCCUAGCAUUGAUCAAAAAGACCAAGACCAAGCGGAAACGACCUGAUCAGUAUGAUCUUGACUAUGAUCGUGGCAAGGUUAAAAAGGUCAAAAAGAAGAAUAAUGAUAAGUUUAAUAAGCCCAAUGUAUUCCAAAUGGCUGCUGAAUCAAUGCAGCAUAAUAAACGUUAA